AGAAGUUAGCAGUCGAGUGGCAGUCUGGUUCACAGCCACGAUGGGUGCAGUACGGCUUUUUGUGGUCGUCCUUCUUUUUGGGACAAGGAUACAAGAAAAUAAUGGCCUUCAUUGUUACUGUGACCGCUGCAGUACCAACUCCAGUUGCACGACAGAUGGUAUCUGCUUUGUAGCCAUACAAAAGUCAGGCAGCCGGAUGACCAUUGAGCAGCGCCAGUGUGUGCACGAACGUGACUUGAUCCCACGAGACCGACCCUUCAUCUGUGCCCCAUCUACCAAAGAUGACAGUGGCAUUUACCCACUGUGCUGUACCACAGACUACUGCAACAAAGAGCCGGUGACCCCCACUGGCCCCACAGCGACCCCUUCUCCUCUGGGGCCGGUGGCCCUCGCUGCUGUCAUUGCUGGCCCUGUAUGUGUGCUCUGCUUGCUGCUGGUUUUGGCGUUCUAUGUUUGCCACAGCCACAGAGGCCUGGGCGCCGGGGGAGCCGGGGCUCACCACCACCACCACCAUCGGGUGCCUAAUGAGGAGGACCCCUCCAUGGACCACCCUUUCAUCACUGUGGGAACAACACUGAAGGACCUAAUCUAUGACAUGACCACUUCAGGCUCUGGAUCAGGUCUCCCACUGCUGGUCCAAAGAACAAUUGCCAGAACUAUCAUCCUCCAGGAAAGCAUUGGGAAGGGGCGUUUUGGUGAGGUUUGGCGCGGUAAAUGGCGCGGCGAGGAGGUGGCUGUGAAGAUUUUCUCUUCCCGAGAGGAGCGCUCCUGGUUCCGUGAGGCUGAGAUCUACCAGACUGUGAUGCUGAGGCAUGAGAAUAUCCUGGGCUUCAUUGCUGCUGACAAUAAAGAUAAUGGAACAUGGACUCAGCUGUGGCUGGUGUCGGACUACCAUGAACACGGAUCCCUGUUUGACUACCUGAACCGCUACACGGUCACAGUGGAGGGCAUGAUCAAACUGUCUCUGUCAACAGCCAGCGGCCUCGCCCACCUUCACAUGGAGAUUGUUGGCACGCAAGGAAAGCCAGCUAUUGCCCACAGAGACCUGAAGUCGAAGAACAUCCUGGUGAAGAAAAACGGGACGUGCUGCAUCGCUGACCUGGGUCUGGCUGUGCGGCAUGACUCUGCCACCGACACCAUCGACAUCGCUCCAAACCACAGAGUAGGGACCAAAAGGUAUAUGGCUCCAGAGGUGCUGGACGACUCCAUAAACAUGAAGCAUUUUGAGUCUUUCAAACGAGCUGACAUCUACGCCAUGGGCCUAGUCUUCUGGGAGAUCGCCAGUCGCUGCUCCAUGGGAGGCAUUCAUGAGGACUACCAGCUGCCCUACUAUGACCUGGUCCAGUCAGAUCCAUCAGUGGAGGAGAUGAGAAGGGUGGUUUGUGAGCAGAAGCUUCGGCCCAACAUCCCCAAUCGCUGGCAGAGCUGUGAGGCCUUGCGGGUGAUGGCAAAGAUCAUGAGGGAGUGCUGGUACGCCAACGGAGCUGCACGACUCACUGCUCUGCGAAUCAAGAAAACACUGUCUCAGCUCAGCCAGCAGGAGGGGAUCAAGAUGUAGAAACAACUACCAAACACACACACACACACACACACACACACACACACACACACACACACACAUAUAUAUAUGACUUUCAUCCAUAGCAUUAUUAUCUUUAUGAUUCACUGAUUGCUCCUCCUGUUUGUUCUGAAGGGAAGUGAUACGUUUCCUCUGUUGUCACCUCAUUUCAUUCAUGGACUGACUAAUCAGUACUGAAACUGAGAGUGUGUGUGUGUGUGUGGGCUAACACACACAUACGAACGGCUGAUUGGAUGGAUCAGAUGAAGUAUGGCUGAACAGGAAGAAGCCGUCACUCGUUGUUCUUCCUUUUUUCUUUCAUCAUAUGAAGUGUAUCCGUGCCUCCAUCGCUCGUCUUCUACACAAACAGACACACAUAAAGCCCCGAGCUCGGCAGGUUCUGUGAAACAGAGCGACAGCUGGAAAUCACCUGGACGCCUCUGAGUCACAGCGCUUUGUUUCAGCCCCACAUCUGUACAUCGACAUUGUGCUCUGAAGCUUCAGUUCAAGAAUCCAUUUAAAAAUAGGACUUUUCUGUGGAACAGCUUGUUCUGUUAACAUGUUCGCUCACACAUCCAGCCUACAGUGCUGUGCAAAAGUUUUGAGCCAAGCCCAUUCCUCUCUGUUUCCCUUAGAACAUGAGAAACGUGUGCAGCGCUUUGUUGUGACAUACAGACACUGAAAUUCUAAUUGUAAUAGGCUUAAAGGCAGAAAGUUCAUAUUUGGCCAAUCAGACUGAAGACUAACAGCUGUGGCUGAGGCCCAACAGAUGGAUGCUCAGUGUUGUGGUCUUUCCCUACACAAUGAUGACGUUUUGAAUCAAAAACUUCACAUUUCCAUCAGACCUGCUGCCACUGAUUUUUCAGCUCCCUCCUUGUGUAGUUUGGCAUCCCUCAGCUUUGUCUCUCGGUUUCCCUUUUGUAAGAAUGGAUCUUUGACUCCGCCCAUCCACUGACACCAUUUCUGACCACUGGCCAACCAUAGAUGUAGCAGCAGGAGAGCCAGAAGUAUCUCGUCAGGUCUUUGGUGGAGUUUUUCUUAAAGAAAUGACUCGAAUAAUAAUGGUCUGCUGUAGAUUGGAACCCUGUCAGUGUGUGCUUUGUCCUCUGCUGGUUUCCUCACAUUGUUGAGGACACGGCACACUAAUCACCUUCAUUGUGCAGAAAUACAGUUUCAUGCCUCUUUGGUAUGUUUAAUAGAUUCUAGGAACAAGUUCAGAGUGUUUUAUAAAAACCAAGUGCCUAAAGAAAUGACGUAACCUUGGUUUAAAUGAUCAUUGUUAAGGUGCCUGUCGUGCACAGAGACAGCGCCGGUUCAUCCUUUGAGUUGAACCAUCGCUUCUAAACAGCAGUGUAGUGGAGACUUUUGCACAGCACUGUACAUUUUUGAAUGUAUAUUUGAAUGUACCUUUGAACAUGGGCCACAUGCUUUUGGUUUGCAGCAGGUUUGGGAUCACAGUGAGGACAGCAUUGAUAGGAACACUCUGGCCUUGUUUGGCUUCCAUUUGUGGCUUGUACAGAUUUCUCUAUGUAGACGCUGCAUUCGAGCUGGGGCCAUGCGUCAUAUCCAGCUGCCAUGUUGCUCAGCAGGCCAGACUGUUGGCUCUUAUUUAAAAAGCUUUUAAAGUUCCAAUGAAAACAAGUGAGAAGUACAGAACAAGGCUCCAUGUUCCACCAGGGAAUAUUUUACUGCUAUUAGCUUGCUUAAUUUGUCACAGUUAACAUUUUAAUUAAUGUAAAAUGUCAGAACAGUGUGAAUAUUUGUCAGCAGAGAACUGCAUAAAGCCUGUGGACAACUGUAAUAUUUACUUUAAUAACAGGAGUAUCAUUGUUACUAUAAAUAAUGUGAACAUUUUCACAGCGAGUGCCCUGAGUACAGUUCAAAAGACAAACUGUGGCUUUCUCAACAGCACGGCAGCUGUAAUGAUGCAUGGCUGCUGUGGGCAGCUCUGUGGAGGUGAGUGGGUGCUGCCACCAGAAACAGAACCAGUGUCUGCCAUGAGCAUUCCCGUUUUCCUCGGCCUGGAGCAGAAAUCCAUGCAGAGUGCAUAGAUGCUCCCACAGCAUGCUCCUCUUGUGUUACAGUAGCUCUGGGGACUGAACCGGCUCUUUGACCCGCUCUCUGAUUUAUGCAUCACCUUUAUACUUUCUGUUGUUCGAGCCACACCGCUCCGUUUCAUUCAGUGUGGUUUUCAAAAAGCAAAGUGGACGUGGCGAAGUCAUUCAUUUUUGGCAAACAUGCUGCAACAUAUGCAAUAUACAGUAGAUAAAUGUGUCUAUUUUCUAUACUGUGCUCUGCUAAACCACAAACGGCAAGAACAACAACCAACAGCUGCCACCAUGCCUUCCAAGCCAGUCGUUACUGGAAAGUGCCGUGCUUCAAAGCCACCGUGUCCUGCGUUGGCUGUCGUGGGUUGUUUUUGUGCGUACGCAGCUUUAUGUGGUGUGCGUCAGUGGAGGCUUGGCAGAGACCCCACUGAGCAGCAAGCUCAUCCUAUGCAUACCCGUGAUACAGGGAGGAUAGGAAGCACACCGGACGCCGCUGCACCCACGGCCCAACUGACACACUGGUGCCAUACCAUCAGACCUCCCCUGGAACACCUCGCCACCUCAACGAGAACUUCUCAUACAGCUUAUCCUCUGGACGUGAGCUCCAGCACCGCAGACUGUUUGCAGACAAAGCUCUCUAGAAAAGAACCAUAAAGACUCGUAAGCAUUAACAAUGUUGCUCUCUAAAUGUAAACUCUCGGAUUCUCCUUUGUUCUGUUUCUGUGUUGACGACGAUGCCGCAGCAUGAAUCAAAUGAUGAACAUUCUUUCUCUGUAGGAUAUUUAACAAAAAAGCAGUGAGGUGCAUUCAUUUAAAUAUAGCAAAUGCAUAUUUACUAAGCCAUAGGUUUUUCAGGUUGCAUAUUAUUAUUAUGAUUUUCUCUUUUGUCUUUUUCUACUAGAAUGUACAUUUACAAAAACAUGAGAUGAUCAAAAUCAAACCGACAAUUUUGUCAUUUCAGCUUAGCAAGCCUUAAGGGACCAACACGUAAGAGUCAGGAUAUGCUCUUCAUUUUGUGUGUGUCGUUUUUUAAAAUGAAAAUCGAUAAAUCUAUUAUACACGUAUAUAAUGAAUACUUUGAUGGAGUAAGUGUCAUUAUUCUAUGUAAAGGAUAUAUAGAUGUAUAUAUCGCACCUGAUGUUCCAGGUGUGUUUGUCCUGUUGCCAAAUUGCCAUGACAUCAAACACAGGUCACAAGUGCAGAACUGGGUACUUUGACUGGGACGUCUGCCACACCGUGAUUUGCACAAAGACACCACAGAGUCUGUUUGUUGUUCAGCAAUAAGUGCACUUCUGUACUGCUGUGGCGUUUAUCUGUAAGUCGGCUGUCAGCGAAUCAGUCUGUCUUCGUUCUUUCUUUUCCUUUUAUCCAUUUAUAAUGUAUCAUUGUGCUGCUGCUUAAUUGGCCAGCUCGCUUUCCAGGUCGAGAUGAGAGCUGCCGUUGGAUGUGAAUAUCCCUCUGUUGCCUGAACCUGAUCAUUGUGUGCCAUGUUGCUCGAACACAAACUCGCUCCAGUUGUUCGUUAAGCGUUUUUGUCAGCGACCAUCCGCCGACUCACCAAGCGAGUCCUCUGCUUCUCUGUGCUGAUCGGUUAACAUGGAAUCAGACGGAGGUCCGUAUAUUAUUUUAAGGAAGGGACUGGUGAGGUUGGGACUUGUUCUUUGUUGUCAAAGCAUAAAAACUGCAUCACUGAAAAGCUGUCAUUAUGGGACCUUUGGUGGAGAUUCAGUUGGCUCUGAAAUCCUCAGUGUACACAACAUUUUCAUGGAAAAUCAAGACACAAAAGCUCCAGUCGGCUGAAGCUAAAUAUCAUUUCACCAGCGUCUAAAGCCUACACAACAUUUUCACAACCUGCUGCUGGCUUUUUACAGUUAUGCCUCUGUUAUGGUAGAAGAAAACAUAGGACAAAAGAAAGAUUGGCCCCCGUCAUAGAUGUAAAGCCUUUAACUAUCUGCUGGAGCAAAAGAAAAGAGGAAAACAAAACGAGGUGACAGGCUGGUUAAAUGUUGCAUGUCUGGAAAAGUUGUUAAACGAGCAGGCUUGUCAAGGAGGUUAGGGUUAAAGGUUUGGUGGUAGAGGUCGGGAAAGUCUGAGAUUACAUCCCUUUAAGCUCUGCACAGGUGGGCCUUUAGGUAGGACUGGCAGCACGUGGAAUGUGUGCCAUCCACAACAACAAAAGCUCAAUAAACAGCUCUCCUGAUAUGCCUUUACUAGGUCAAUCUUCAUUUUGUCUUAACGUCACCAGCAGCCUUGUACCUUUUCUUUUCCAACCCCAACAUAAGUGUAAAAAGAUGUUUACCCAGCAUUUUUCUCUCUUGAACAGAACCACUUCUGUCUGUUGAGUCUGUCUUGGCUUUUUUGUCUUGUUGUUCCAUAUUCUCUAACUGAUCCAACAGCUACAACGGCCACGCUUCACUGCAGCGGUUUCAGUGGCUUAACAGCUCUGUACCGAGUAGACCAACUCACACUCACCUCUGCUUGUUUUUCUGAUCAUUUCUCUGUGAACUAACACGUUAAGGCUGGAGUAGGAGUCAAAUAAAGCAUUCGGCGAGACGCAGUGAUUGGGAAAAGAGCUCGCACUUGAUGACAGUGCCUCCUCUGGUCUCUUAAGGCUAUGCAGAAGAUAAUCUCAGUGAAGGUGAAAAUCUAGGCACUAAAUCCUUUUAUCAAUACUAGAGUGGGCAUGUUUAUCAGAUUAUGUUGAUUGGACAGAGCCCAGACACGUUCCAUCAGCCACUUCAUUUCAUUUUUAAUGCAUGGUUUAACUCUGAUGUCUAGUGGCUACCUUUGGGAAGUUGUUGGGUUUCUCCUUAUAACAUUUCUAGGCUUGACCUGGAGGAUCAUCUUACCGCUGUGAUGAUCAAACUAUGCCCAUAAGCUGUCCUGGUGAUGGUCAUGAAACUUGGAUUUUUAAAUAUUUGUAAUUUCUUUUCAUUCAUCCAUCUGUUCCCUUUUACUAACCUUAUCAGGGUUGCAGGGGGGCUGGAACGUAUCCUAGCUACCAUAGGGCGAGAGUCGAGGUGCAGGUCACAGGGAGAGAUGGCUAACACACCUGUGGGCAAUUUAGAUUCACCAAUGAACCUAACCCCAUUAAAUGCAUGUCUCUGGACUGUGGGAAGAAGCUGGAGAAAGGAUGUAAACUUUCAUGAUUUUUAGUUUUGUACGCACUUGCUUGAAGAAGAACGUUUAAAGUGGUAAAAUUUGAGAACAACCACAGGUACAGUCAAAUGCUCUUCAGUAUUCUCCUUAUAGGAAUACUUUGAAUGGUGUGCAGAACCCAUUUAGUUUGCAGAAGCUUGCUUAAUGACAAACACAAUUCUGCACCAAGAGAGUUUUAUACAAUUCACUUUGACCUCGGUGCUAGCGUCUGAGGGUUCUUAGACAUAAGCAGCUCCUUCUGGAGACUAAAGAGGGCUUUUUUGUUCCCUAACACCUGGAACACCAGUCACAAAAUUCAUGAGAUCUCCCAGCCGCUUUUUAGGUGACCAAAUUACUUAUGAAACCUCCGUGACCAUUCUGAAAUUGAAGGCGCUGUUGGUCGGUCAUUGUUCUUACAGUUGUGCAACCAUUGGUCCGUUUCCAACCGUGUAGAGAGACUGGCUGUAGAUUUGUUCAUUUGUCCCCAUAUCUGAAUCAUCAAAGCUUCUUUGUGGUUGGCUGACCGUGAAAAGAUGGCGUACUGUCGGUCAAAGCUCCAGCAGCACUACAGCUGUGUUACGUAAUCAAUGCUUUUUGGACCGUGGCCUUCAUCACGGUGAUGUUUUCUGGAAAGCAUUGGGAGUAAACCUGUAAGUCCUUUCCCUUUAACACAGUCUAACAGCAAAAUGGGUCAUUACGGCUUUGGUCCUCGUCACCACUGCAGCCUAGCUAAAUAUGGAGCUAUGUAAACUUUGAUUAACUUUGCAAAAGUGUCUGUUCUAACCCAAUCCAUGGUCUUUCAUCAACAUUAUUGAACUAUUUGUUGCCUAAAACUAACCAAAGAACUUGAGGAGGUGACCGCGGACCGUGUCCCAUCUUACACUGCUGCCCUGCAAUCUGGCUAAAUCUAACCAAAGUGCCAGUAAAAGUAUAUGUUUAGUUAAAAAGCCCCAAAAUAAACAGAAUAAGUCUGAAUCCAUGUUGGAUGCCCAGUGUUAAAGUCCUGGCCACCACACCUCCAGCCUUCAGACUUUGUAGCUCUUUCUGUCUAAACGGGCACUUGACUUUAACACGAGCCGAUACGAAAGGACAAAACUAAAACUCAACUUCAGAGAAUUUGCAUCACAUUACUAUGAGACUGUGUUGUUUCCUUACUUCUUUUAAGUAAGAAGUGAUUGUUUAGUUAUUUGGAUCAUGAACCAUGUUUCAAACUGUUAGCAAGAAAACCUGCUGUACCUCAUUUUGGAGACUCGCGUUCUGCUUUCUCUCUUUGUAGCUCUCAGUUAAAUGGGGAGAGGUGCGCUGUGACGUAUAGCCAUGCAAUCUCAAACCUCACUCCACCGGUCAGUAGCAGCAUGGCUCAGCUGUUUGGUGACUCAGACCCAUUAAAACAGAAGCACCGUCGAAUAUGCAGCCUUUCCACGUUUUACUUCGUGUACACGCCAGGCCUGUUUUCCUGCUUUGUGCGGAUUGAUGGAUGGCCAACAGGGAGGUGUCGUGAACUAUGCCAGCAGCUCUACCGCUUCAAACCAUGCACUGACAAAUUCCCACAGCUGCGAAUGUAUCAGUCCUCUCAGAGUCAACAUCCCAACCCGAGCACAACCUGCAUAUCUCAGCCCAAACUUGUGUCUGCAAGCGUGCAGAUAUCGGCCGUCUCUUUCUCUCAAUAUGCAAAGCCGGGCUCAGUGGCAUCUGUCCACGGAGUCCCGUUGGAUCACAGAGACCUACCUAUGCUAGCAGCAUCUAUACACUGUGACCGCAUUAGGGUGACGUGCUCCUCUCCUGAGUGCCCUCCAUCAUCUCACAGACUAGAGAAAGGCGGUGUGGGUCACUAAAGGGCUCUGCCUCUGCUUGGAACAAACCUUUUCCACCCUGGUUUAAUGCUGCAGCAUGGCCUCUUUGGCAGCAAAGGUAGUAGAAAGCUUUAACAUGUUUUAUUUGGUGCCUAAGUUUGACUUUUGCUUUUGACCUCCAACGAUGAGACUGUAUGUGUCUGCAUAACCCGCUUCAUAGAUGUCAUCCAAAAGCUGAAAGUGAUCUGUAAAAAGCAUCGAGUAAUUAAAGUGUUAAAAAGGACACUUAAUCAAAAAGAAAAUACCUCUUUGAAAGACCAAUGUAUUUUUACCUCACUGUAUAUAUUCCUGAUUUAUUUACUCCAACUUUGCAAUUGAUCUGUUUUUGUUUCUAUGAAAUGCUUAAAGAUGAUUGGUUUCUUCUUUUUCAUGGUACUUUUCUGUCACAUGGCGCUGUAAUGUGUUAGUGUUGUGAGCGAGCAGUAUACUCCUUCCUCUGUUACCGUGCUCUGUGUGUGACCUGUCGCUUGUGUUCUGCGUGAACUGUAUAGUCAAUGCGCUUUACAAAUGUCCACGCCCUCUUCUCUGGUUACAAAUGCCUUGUUCAGUAUGGUUUUGUUUUUUUGUUGAACAAAGGAGGAAAAAAAAAGACAAAGUGGAAGUGGGACGCUGGAAGAGAGGGGUGAGACUGUUGAGCAGAAACCCCUGAACUGUGGAGGUCACCUCAAAACUCUCUGGAUUUCUAGACGUAUAUUAUAAUCUUGAAAUGUUUAUAUAGUGUGGAGAGAUGAAUGAGAUGGGCUUAGAGCUAGAGGAUAGACACAUGUUAACUUCUAACGUAGCUGGAGUAGAAAGUGGUGUGAAUAAAGGAACCCUGUUUCACUAUCA